GUCAAAUGCAACGGCAAAUAGAAGUGUAUCACAGUCAUGCCGAACAAUGGAAUACCAUUCAUGAAAUGUUUCGUAACAAUCCGAACUUUCAAGAGCCAACAAUCAAUCGACCACCAAAAAUAAGCAGUUUUGCUCUUAUACCAUUAUGCGACUACCAUUUGAAAAACGUGCGAUUGGACAUUACGGACUUGUAUAAUAAAAUUGUAAACAAGCUUGAUUUGGUGCCUUCUUUUCUCAAUACGCGGACCAACCGGAUGAAUAAGAGAAAAGUAGAGUACUACACCCAAACUGAUCGAUCAGGUCUAUGGAAUAUGUUGUUCGAUGUCGGUAAAAUAAAUAAAUUGGGCAAAUCGAAACCAUUCCAUCAUCAGAUUUUGACCGAUAGUGUUUCAAUAUCCAUAAUGUACAAGAAACCACAGCGACAACAACGACCACAGCAAACAACCCAAGCGAAUCGGGGGUCGGAAAAACUCAUUGGCAAGAAAUACAUCAUUGGAAUCGAUCCGAAUGAAAAAUCGUGGUUAACUGUAGUGCGUCGCAACAUUCAAAAAACACCUGAUGAGCCGGCUGUUGAGGAAAACAUUAUAAUACCAAACCAGCGUUUUCAUUGGGAAACUCAGCAGAAAAAACGAGACAAAGAAGCGAAAAAGUUGGCUGGAUGGUUUGAUAUCGAAGAGAAGGAACAUUUCAAAACAUACCCAUAUCGUCCACCAUCACCACGUAAUUCAACAUGGAAAUCAUACAUUGAAUAUCGCAUUAAAAUGUUACGAAAAGGAAUGGCAGCUUAUGCGACGCGUGAAUAUGCACGACUGGAUUUAGACCAUCACAUUCGCUCGACCAGAGUAAAUGAUCAAAUCGCCGUGCGUGUGACAAACCGUCGUUGGUUCAAUUUGGUGCUUGGGCGAUGA